AUGGCUCCGAAGAGGAACUCAUGGAUUAUCACUGAUAUUGUCCCCAAAGACAGUGACACACGAGUUGUCCACAAACCAAAGGACAACACUAAUGGUCCGAAGAAGAAGAAGAAGAGGAAUAGUAAGGAAGCGGUGGUGACCACCAAAGACAAGUUGGUUACCGAUUGGGUCAAAGAGGGAGAGGUUUUCGAUUCACAGAAGUCGAAGAAUAAACACCAUAUGAUGUCAACCAAUCAAUCGUUUAAAACUAAUAAUUUUCGAGACAAUUGUCUGAAGAAUCGGAUGGAAAAGGGAAUGAUUUUGUUGUCGCCGAAUGUCGAGAAGAAGAUCUAUACUAUGAAGAAAGCCUUACGAAAGAAAGAUAAAGAACUGGAAGAAGAGAUCACUUUAUCCACACUCGAAGGCAACCAUAGUAUAGACGCCGAUGCGGUCGACAUAAAGCCCACAAUUGUUAAAACAGAAGUAACCAAAAAAGUGGUCAAAUUUUAAUAUCAAUAUUUUUUAUUAAAAAUUUAUUUUACAAUAAAAUUUAUUUAAAGGAU